UGUGGUGGGAGCAGUCGUUCGGUUAUUCGGUUUCAUUAUCAAUAGCAAAUACAAUUUCGUUUUCUUCAAGAAGGCGAGUAGCAGAUCGUUUCGACGAAAUAGGCAAAGCCCUGCGUGGCAUUGCCUGACACAUAAUAGACAUGUCAUGAAAAUAUAAAUGGAGGUGAGAGGUUUCUAAUCGGUGGGCGAAUAUUGUCUCCAUCAUUGAAAACCGUCGGGAGGAUUUUGUUGUCCAACGCAAGUAUGACCGGAAAACAUUUCAACGUCCACGAGGUGGGCUGUUGCAUCAAAUACUUUAUAUUCGGAUUUAAUAUCAUAUUUUGGCUGCUGGGGGUGGCAUUCCUGUCUGUGGCUCUGUGGGCCUGGAGUGAAAAGGGAGUUCUCUCCAACAUAUCCUCCAUCACAGAUCUGGGUGGGUUUGACCCAGUGUGGCUGUUUCUGGUGGUGGGUGGGGUGAUGUUCGUGCUAGGCUUCGCCGGAUGCAUCGGAGCGCUGCGUGAAAACUCCUUCCUUCUUAAGUUUUUUUCUGUGUUUCUUGGAAUCAUAUUUUUCCUGGAGCUGACCGCGGGAGUCUUGGCGUUCGUCUUUAAAGACUGGAUCAAGGACCAGCUCAAGUUCUUCAUCAACAACAAUAUCAGGGCCUACAGAGAUGACAUUGACCUGCAGAAUCUCAUCGACUUCACCCAAGAUUACUGGGAGUGUUGUGGGGCAUUUGGACCUGAAGACUGGAAUCUGAACAUUUACUUUAAUUGUACUGACACUAAUCUGAGCAGAGAGAAAUGUGGGGUUCCCUUUUCGUGCUGCACCAAGGAUCCUGCUGAGGACGUGAUCAACACACAGUGUGGAUAUGACAUUCGAGCGAAGGGUGACAAUGAACAGAAGAUGUUUAUAUAUACAAAAGGAUGUGUGCCUCAGUUUGAGAAAUGGCUACAAGAGAAUCUAACCGUAGUUGCUGGGAUAUUCAUAGGUAUCGCACUUCUCCAGAUAUUUGGGAUCUGUCUGGCUCAAAAUCUUCUGAGUGACAUUGAAGCGGUCAGAGAGAGCUGUUUGUUCACCUGAAACGCUUCAGCAGUUCCACAGACAGAGCCUACAUCCUUCUGUCACUCGGCAACAGAGCCGGAAGAUUGUCAUCACAGUAUCCUAGCAACCACUGAGGGAUUUCUUUCACAUACCUCUCUUGUGACAGCUGCAUUUUAAUGUUUCCACUGUAAAUGGCGCCCAUGAUUUGUUUUCCGUAGAAUUUAUUUCUAAACCCUUUCUUAAAUAUUGCACACAUGUAAAAAUGAACAGUAUUAACAUACUGACCAGAAACACGUCACGUUCUUUAUGAUUAGCUGCAAUUGUUGGUCUAUGCGCAUCAGCACAAGCCUUGUGUUUUUAAAGCCAGGGUGAGUUAAACAUAUUUGAGAGUUUCAGUUCUGUUCUUAGUCGAACUGGUUCGAAAGAAUGCGGCCUGUGUUUGGCGCCCCCUAAAGCUUUUCUGUGUAACUGCAGUUGAUCAGUCACGCAGUGGUUUUGUUGAUCACGAGUUGUUUUCAUGUUUGUAGACAUAUACAAACAUGUUCACACAAUAUUUACAAAAUGAAUAGGAGGCUUAAACAUCUGUGCAGAGAUUUUUGGUUCUGAUUUAAUAGAUUUAAAUCUGAGACUUAGAGUAUUAGUUUUCCCGAUGGCAGUAUCAAAUCAGGCCAAAAUUUCGAUAAGCAACAACCGGUAGGGUUGAAGAAUUGUGAAUAAUGUGCAUUUGAAAUGUGUGUUUUUCUGUGAGUUUUCACAAGCCCCGAAUUAGUGUAGGUUUAGUAUUUAGUGAACACAAUAGUUUUCUUCCAGAUAGUACAGUUUGAGGUCUACUGAAGACUACUUGAGUAUUUGGCUUUUCUCAUAACAUGAUAUGUACAUAAUUCAUAUUUGUUUAUUUUGUUCACAUUGUCAUAUUGUGUGUGUAGAUUAUCUAUAUUAUCUAAAUCGACUUUUUUUCAUCACAGAUGUAUUUGAAAACAUGAAGAAAAAAAUGCACUGCAUGCUUAAUUAAACAGUAUGUUCAGCUAUAUGGAAAUAUUUUUGUGAAUUGCAAUGUUUAUCUGUACUAGGGUUGGACAUUUUUGCCACGGUGUAAAUGUGUCACUAGAAUGUCUUCUUUUUUUUUUGCACUGAGAUUAUGCUCAAUUGACGGCUUUGAUUUAAAAAGUCAGAUUCUGGUGCUCUAUGAAUAGAAUGAAAACCAAAAUGGGUAUUUGGAUAUAUAAUCAUAUUUUACCUCAAAAAAAACAAUUCAUAGCACACUGCUGUACUGUUUAAGACACUAAAAUGCAUUAAAAAUCUUAUGGUAAUUUAAUUUUUUAUGCAAAACAAACUUUUACAUUUUUGGGGUAAAAUAUGAACCUCAUAUGCACUUGAAAGAUUCACCAACACACAUUACACAUCCAUGUAUUUCUGGCAUCAUGAUAGAAUUGAAAUCAUGACCAGACAAGAAUGUUUUGCUUUGAUUGUGAAAUGAAAAUCUCUGCAGCCUGUGGUUUUGUGACCUUUGUAAAAACAGAUUAUCUAACAGUCAGAUUAUUUGAGUAUAAUGUGAUCUGAUGAAUUCCUGUGGUUGUGUUAAUGCUUUUUUUAACAGUGCUUCACACUUUCCGCAUAUGUGUAACCUUUAUAUAGCGCAAUAUAUUUGUUUUUAGUUUAUCUGGAAUUUUGAGCUUUUGAAAAGUUGUUCAUAGUGACUGAACAAUGGAGAACAUAUACAUUUUAAUAAUUCAGAGAUGCAGAUAUUUCGUAAUCCAAGGGUCUGAAACAAAUCUCAUGUAAAUUUUGGUAGGCUGUUGAGUUUAUAAAAAAAGAAACAUUUCUGACAUUACUGUUUUCUCAUUAAAACUUGUCCUAGUAACAAUAAGAAGUGUUGUAAAAAAAUGUUUUUUUAUGAUUAAAAACUGGAAAACGUU